AACUGGCCGGGGCGCUCCCGCCUUCGCCUCCGCCUGCCGCGCCUCCUCCAUCACACUUUCCUCUGCAACCCCAGAGGCGGGUCCCGAACCACUCCCCGCGAACUCGCUGAACCCGCUCCGGGCUGGGUCCUCUGGCCGCAGGGCCUGGAGUCUCCCACCGCCAGGCGAAGCCCCUGCCUGCGCCACAAGCACCUCGUUUCCGGGUAGGCUCCUGCUCCGUCCCCUGCCCCGCCCCAGGACACCCCCUUAGGGCUUCGCCUCUGUCUUCUCCAGCCGUACAUCCCGGAAGUCAGCCUCACGAGCCGGGGAUGCUGACGGCGCCAUGGCGGAUGGCGAGGGCUACCGGAACCCCACGGAGGUGCAGAUGAGCCAGCUGGUGCUGCCCUGCCACACCAACCAGCGCGGCGAGCUGAGCGUGGGGCAGCUGCUCAAGUGGAUCGACACCACCGCCUGCCUGUCCGCGGAGAGGCACGCCGGCUGCCCCUGCGUCACUGCCUCCAUGGAUGACAUCUAUUUUGAGCACACCAUCAGUGUUGGACAAGUGGUGAAUAUCAAGGCCAAGGUGAACCGGGCCUUCAACUCCAGCAUGGAGGUGGGCAUCCAGGUGACCUCCGAGGACCUGUGCUCUGAGAAGCAGUGGACCGUGUGCAAGGCCUUAGCCACCUUUGUGGCCCACCGGGAGCUCUCCAAGGUGAAGCUGAAGCAGAUCACGCCGCGGACAGAGGAGGAGAAGACGGAGCACAGCGUGGCCGCUGAGCGCCGGCGCAUGCGGCUGGUCUACGCCGACACCAUCAAGGACCUCCUGGCCAACUGUGCCAUCCAGGACAAUCUGGAGAGCAGAGACUGCAGCCGCAUGGUACCAGCCGAGAAGACCCGCGUGGAGAGCGUGGAGCUGGUCCUACCCCCCCACGCCAAUCACCAGGGCAACACCUUUGGGGGCCAGAUCAUGGCCUGGAUGGAGAACGUGGCCACCAUUGCAGCCAGCCGGCUCUGCCGCUCCCAUCCGACGCUGAAGGCCAUUGAGAUGUUCCAUUUCCGAGGCCCAUCCCAGGUCGGGGACCGGUUGGUGCUCAAGGCCAUCGUGAACAACGCCUUCAAACACAGUAUGGAGGUGGGCGUGUGCGUGGAGGCCUAUCGGCAGGAGGCUGAGACCCACCGGCGACACAUCAACAGCGCCUUCAUGACCUUCGUUGUCCUGGACGCAGAUGACCAGCCCCAGCUGCUGCCUUGGAUUCGGCCCCAGCCUGGGGAUGGCGAGCGGCGGUACCGGGAGGCCAGCGCCAGGAAAAAGAUCCGCCUGGACAGGAAGUACAUCGUGUCCUGUAAGCAGACGGAGGUGCCCCUCUCUGUCCCCUGGGACCCAAGCAAUCAGGUGUACCUGAGCUACAACAAUGUCUCCUCCCUGAAGAUGCUCGUGGCCAAGGACAACUGGGUGCUGUCCUCGGAGAGCAAUCAGGUCCGCCUCUACACCCUGGAGGACGACAAAUUCCUCUCCUUCCACAUGGAGAUGACGGUGCACGUGGACGCAGCCCAGGCCUUCCUGCUGCUCUCGGACCUGCGCCGGAGGCCUGAGUGGGACAGGCACUACCGGAGCGUGGAGGUCGUGCAGCAGGUGGAUGAGGACGAUGCCAUCUGCCACGUCAUCAGCCCCCCUCUCGGUGGCGACCCCAAGCCCCAGGACUUCGUGAUCUUGGCCUCACGCCGCAAACCGUGUGACAACGGGGACCCCUACAUCAUUGCCCUGAGGUCGGUCACGCUGCCCACACACCCCGAGACCCCGGAGUACCGGCGCGGGGAGACGCUCUGCUCAGGCUUCUGCCUCUGGCGCGAGGGGGACCAGUUGACCAAGGUGUCCUACUACAACCAGGCCACCCCCGGCUUUCUCAACUACGUGACCACCAACGUGACGGGCCUCUCGUCCGAGUUCUCCGCCACCUUCAAGGCCUGUGAGCAGUUCCUGGUGGACAACCGCAGCGACCUGGCCCCCAGCCUCCAGACCCUCUAGGCCCGGCCGCGAGGACUCACGGACAGCGUGUGGAGGAAGGCAGUGACAUUUAUUGCUUCCUGUCUCUUGCCCAGGGGCCCGCAGGCCCAGCACCCUGGGUGAUGAGUUUGUGCCAGCAGCCGCCAGCGAGUCCGGGCGGUGCUCCUAGAACCGCCUGUAGUAGACGCGGGUCCUGUCCUCUGCCCUGGCCGCCAGCAGCCCUGCCCGCACGGCUGCAUCGUCGCCCCCGGCAGCACUCUGGUAUACCGUGACAGUGGCCCUGGGGGAGGCCGCCAGCAGACUGGCCACGGCUCCAGCCGCACUCUGGCCCAGGGGCCUGGCCUGCACCUGGAAGGACACAGGUUGCCAGAGCCCCUGGCACAGCUCUAGCAUAUCCGUGAGCAGCUGCUCCCCGUAGCCACUGCCCAGUACCUCCUCGGGCCAGCCCGGAGCCACGGUCACGUGGGGGAACACCUCAGCCACGGCGGCGAGCAACUCUGUGCCAGCCACAUGGCCAGGGACCACAAAACUGCCAUGGGAGAUCGUGGCCCCGAACCACACAGGCCGACGCAGGUGGCCAAGGGAGGAGAGGUGUGCCAGGAUGGCCAGGGAUGGCCGGAGGGCUGUGGGCUCCAUGACGUGCACGUGGACGCCCCAGCGCCCGGGGCGUGUGGCCAGCUGCAGCAGGCACGACUCCAGUGUGAGGGCAGGGUCGCCCGGGGCGAGGACGAUGGGCACGGGGUCAGCGGCUGCAGUUUCCUGGAGGCCGACGUUCAGCAGGAUCAUGCCUUCUCUGUCUGGAAGAGGCAACAGCAUCUCCACUUCAGAUUCCAGUGGGGAUCAGAGGCCUCUUGGGGGGCUCUGGGGGCAGCCAAGGAGGAGGAGCCGGUGCCCUGCCUCUUCGGGCUCUGUUGGCCUGGUACUGGGCUCCUGGUGAUGUGCUUGGUGCUUGUCAGACUGACGUGGUAAACGGCUAGCUCUGGAGUAAACGGGCCUGCAGCCUGUGACUGCCUCUCCCACAGUGCGAUGCAGCUGCAGACUCAAGGGGGCUUCAGGCCUCACGGCCAGGACCCUAUGCUCUUGACACUGCUCCCUCCUUCCACCCACACGCACCUAGCAUCCGGUGUGCAACUUCAAUGGACCCCUGUUGCCAUGGUAACAGCCCCAGGCAUCCCACCAGCCUGGCAGCAGGCCUUACCUGGAAGGGUGACUGUUGCCGAUCUUCCAUGGCCCUGGAUGUCUGGAAGGAGCCACUCCACGCCCAGGCCGUCGCCCCCAGCUGGCUGGAGGACAGGGAUCAGGCUGCCUCCCGAGUAGUACAUUCGCUUCCGUGUGUCAUUCACUGUGGGCCCCAAAAUGCCAAGAUGAAGUGGCCGCCAUUUGUGGAGCACCUUCCGUAUGCCACGGUGCUAGCUGUGUUGGCUAAGGCUUGCCACGUCCUGCCAGACAGCUGCCAUCACUCUGCAUGGUGGGCUGGGAGAGAUGAUUUUCCCUGGAUCCUAUACCCAGGAAAGUUGCUGCGACUGGAUCUGGACAGGCCCACAGGUAUCUGGCCCCGGAGCUGGCAUCCUUCCCCUCCCACAUGUGGUCUCCACAGUCUGAUGGGUCCCCUGGAGGUGGCUUCGCUGCAGGCCCUCUAGGGGCUUUGGGCAGUAGCAUCCGGGUCAUUGAUUGAGAGGACAGAAAAGGGCUGUGCGCUCAAGUGCCUUGGUGAUGCACAGGGGAGCCGAGCUACAAGGAAUGGCGUGUGGCCUUUGGAACUGGCCGGUUCUGUCUGAGCUGUGACCAAAGCAAUGCCUCCCCUGUCCCUAUCUACUAACGGGAGCCCCUGCUUCACAUCAGGGGCAAGUGUAGACAGCAGGCCACGCCAGGGUCUGGCACACAGCUCUGCCAGGAAUAUUCGAUCCCCUCGUCCCACCCGGGAUUUUCCCCAGUGCCCACUGAGGCUGCCCUGUGCAGAGCACGGCCCGCACCACCCCUACCCUUCCCGGGCCCGCUCCCUUACAGGCCAACUGCUUGAACUGUGACAGCACAGGCUCGAAGAGGUCGUAGUAGACUUGGUGGGCGGCACAGUUGUCCCAGACGUAGAGGAGGUCGUCCACUGACAGGGGGUCUGAAGCCCCCUGCCACAGCGUCAGGCUGUACCUGGGCCAGGAGAGCGGGAGAGCUGCUCAGGGCCUGCCUGGCCCCUCCUCCCAGAGCUGCUCCACCCCUGUGGGGGUGGGAGUGGGGGUGGGAGUGGGGAAGGGGUGCCUGCCCUGCCUGCUCAUUCGGAGUGGCUUUGGGUCCUGUGUUGGGAAAGGAACAGGACAAGGCACAGGAACUGAGCAGGGAGGGGUCUGCAGGAGGUGAGGAAGGGGACAGCAUGGGGACUCCUGUGGGGAGUGGCUGAGGGAGGUAGGGCUUGGCAGCUGGGAGCUGUCAUGGGGGUGUUUAGGGGACCCCUGAAUCCCUGGAGGCUAGCCUGGGGCAGAGGCUGCAGGCACAAUCUAUGCAGCCCCAGGGGCACGGCUGGCUCUCUUGGGGAGGAAGCUAUGGGGAGACAAAUCGUAUCUCAGAACAAAUAAUUUUGAGAAGUAGUGAGCAGCCCAUCACCAGAGGCAUACAAGCAGAAAGGGUGUGAGCACCAGUGGGGUUGGACAGGGUAAUCUGGUCUGGGCGCAUCAGUGCCUGGGUGUGGGUGUGGAGCCAGCAGGGCCGUGCCGGGAGCCUGGGCGUUUUUACCUGUCCGACUGCCCCAGCAGCCAGCUGAAGUUGGGCCAGGCAGCCCGCAGCAUGACAGCCCGCACGGGGAAGGUGACCCUCUGUGGCAGUGCUCCUACCAGCCCCUGCAUCUCCUCCACCAUGGCGCGGGUAUACGUGCUGUUGGGGAAGAGGGGCAGGUAGAGGGUGGUCCAGCCUGGAGACAGGGUGGCCUCAGGAUACUUCUCCUGGACCAGGGCCAGGAACCUGCAGAGAGAGAGAGAGAGAGAUACUGGUCUUUCAGAGCCACACUGGUCCCUUUCCUCCUCUCUUGGGGUCUUGUCUCAGUGCCAGGAAGGGGCGGGGCUGUAGAAGCUAUGACAUGAGGACAGAAGCAGUCCUAGAGCACAGAAGUGGCUGUUCAAGGUCCCCCAAAAUAGGAGGGCUUGGGAGCCAGAGAGGUCUGGGUUCAGCUCCAACUCUGUGCCUGGCCAGGCCACUCAGUCUCUGUGGUUCUCAAAGACAGCCUCUAUGCCCCCAGAGCAGGGCGGGAGACUGGGCAUGGGCAUCUCAGCACAUCUUCCUCCAGUUUUAUUUGAAUUUUGCUCUGAUGUUAAAAGAAUGCCCCCUAUUAAAGCCAAAUCCCCCAAGAAGAUAGCGGAUCUGGCUCUGGCCACUGACCACAUGGCUCCGACUGCCGCUUUCCAGUUGCAUCUGGGUUGGGGAAGCACCACAACACUGGGUGCUGGGUGAUGGGCGGAUUGUUGGCUGGCUGGCGGACAGAUGGGUGGAGGGAGGCAUGCACCGUAAGGAGCCUGGAUUUCAGUCUUUGCCACUGACCACACUUAGGUCAUUUAGCUUCUGUAAGACAGUUCUUGUCUCAAUAAAUAAAAUGACGUAUGGGU